CCAACAUUCGGCUGUAUGCUAUUUAUACGGAAUUAUUUUUAGCCUUUCUCGGCUCGUGCCAUGGAGGAGACAGAACUUGAAGGAGAUGACUGUUCAGAGUCAUCGCCAGAGGAGUCUCAGGUUGUCCUCGGUGAGCUGGCCAGCGACAGCGGCCUGGACGGGAUCAGGGCGGAGUACGAGAAACUCGUCCGUGCUCUGAAGAAGUCGCGGGAGAAUGAGAAAAGGCUGAUGUCGAAAUGCAGGGAGCUGAGCGCAGAGAUCGCGUCGACGUCGACCAAAGUGGCAACUGCCCUGAAACUGUCCCAGGAAGAUGAGACGACAAUAAUGUCACUCAAGAGGGAGUUGGAUAAGGCUUGGAAACUGAUUGAUGCAGCUCAUGAUAAAGAGAGGAAGGACCAGGAAACAAUCAAGACUUUGAAAGAAGACAUCUUCAAGCUCACAAAGGCAACUGAGCAAGAAGCUGAACAACAGCAGGACCAAGAACGAAUGGAUUUACUUAAAAUUAUCGAAGAGUUGACGAAGGAGAGAGACCAGCUGACGAACACGGCGGCGGACCUGAGAGAGAAACUAAAGAAAGCAACUGCAACUCAGCGAGACAUAGAGGCGCAAAAAGAGACCGCUGUGGAGAAGAUCUUGAAGCUUCAGCAGGAGCUCCAGGUGCAACAGAACGAGCUCUCCAGAGAAAUGAGACUGAAGGAGAAGCUCGACAAGGAGACCCAGCAGCUGCACGCUGACAUGGAGGCCAAGAUGGCUGAAAUCAAAUCUCUGAACACGCAAGGACAGAAGGCCAGAGAGGAGCAGCAGAGACUGGAGCAGCAGCUCAAAGAUCUAAAGGUACUGCAUGAGCGCUCGUCCAAAGAACUGGAGCAGAUUCAGGGGAAGAGCAGCAGACUGCAGCAGGAAUACGACCGUCUCUUGUCGGCCAAGGAACAGCUCUCUGUGGAGAAUCAUCAGAAGGCAAACGAGCUGAAGAUAAGAGAGGAGGAGCUGAGUCACAUGCGCCAGGAGGUCGCCAAACAGACCAAGACGAGAGAAGCCGUCCAGAAGAAGCUCCACCACAUGGAGGACCAGAAAGCUGAACUGGACCAACAGAGGGAGACGCUGAAAGCUCAGAUCGCUGGCCUGGAAAAAGAUCUUGAAGCUUCCCGGAAGCAAGUGGAAGUUGAUAAAAAAGCCAAGGAGGAGCUGAUCCGAGAGAGGGACAAUCUGCAUAAGAACAUGGCCAAAGCCGUGCAGGCGGCUGAGAAGCAGCAGGAACUCAUGAAGCUCUUGGAGCAGGACAAGAGAACCUUGGAGCACGAGAUCUCCGGCUUCCGGCAAGAGGCGCAGAAGCAGCGGAAGGUCAUACAGCAGCUGGAGAAGGAACGGGACCGCUACGUCAACGAGAGCAGCAGCCUCAUGCAGAAGGUGCAGCAGAAACUCACUGUUGUCGAAGACAAAGAGAUGGAGAUAUUUGAUUGGAGAAAGAAAGCCACAGAGUCAGAGUGUAAACUCAAACAGCAGGAGAACCUGCUGGAGUCAAUCAUAGCGGAGAGGAAUCUGUACAGCAAAAACCUCAUAGAGUCUCAGGAGGAGAUUUCUGAAAUGAGGAGGAAACUAAAGACUAUGAGCAACCAGGUUGCCCGGCUUAAAGAUGACAUCACUGAGAAGGAGCAGGAGCUGGUCAGAGGUCAGCAGGAGCAGAAGAGGCUGGAGAAGGAGAACGAAGCCUUCAAGGGGGACCUGCAGUCAAUAAAGCUGCAGCUGGAGGAAACAAAGCAGCUCACUGACACCCAGAGGACAGAACAGCAAAAACUGCAGAUGAUAAUCACCAGCAUGGAAGAAGACCGAGUCCAGCAGCAGAAGCAGCUGCAGCAGGUGAUCCGGGAGCGGGACAGCCUCGGCAGGCAGCUGCUGCAGCGGAGCGACGAACGCGCUCUGCUGUUUGAGAAGAUCCGCAUCCAGCAGUCCAUCCUCAGCAAGGGGGACUUCCACUACAAGCAGAGGCUGGAGGACAUCCGGCUGCUGAAGCUGGAGGUCAAGAGGCUGCGCCGCAGCAACGACAUCCAGGACAGGACUUUACCCAACACAGAGGAGCUGAGGACGGAGCAGCUCCGCCUGCGGACGGAGCUGCUCAGAGAGAGAACCAGGAACAGUGUUCUGGAGGACCAGCUCAAGCCCGUAAAUAUUCACCGAUGGAGGCAACUGGAGGGCAGUGACCCGGGAAAGUAUCAGCUCAUCCAGAAGAUUCAGGCGCUGCAGAAGCGACUGAUUGUUAAAACCCAGGAGUUGGAGGAACGGGAACUGCUGCUGCAGGAAAAGGAGAAGCUGUAUGUGGAACUGAAGCAGGUUCUGGCCCGGCGGCCCGGUCCCGAGGCAGCCAAGCAGCUUCAGCAGUACCGCUGGACCAUCGGGGACCGGACCAAAAAGCUGCAGGCUCUGACGGCAGAGCUGGAGACGGUCGACUCAAAGAUGAACGAAUACAAACGUGAGAACGAAAGACUGAGCGGCGAGCUGGCAAAUAUAAAGACGAAGUAUCUGAGUCAGAAAAGGCUCCGUAGUGAGCAGAGGACCAGGGCCGCGGUGCAGGAACAGGAAGCUCUGCCGCAGCUGAGCGCCACGCCUCGCUUCGCCCGAGCAGCCUUCAGAGACCACCUGGUCAAACUCUGACACCCACUCUGUGUUUCUGCCGCAAAUGUGCGCAAAUCUUUCUCUAUGUUCUGCUAAUGUCGAAAAAAAAAAAACCCACACAAUUCUGCAAUUGCGGUGUUUUGUGCGGCAAAGCGGCUGUGCUUGGGAGCAGCGACGUACGUGGAGUUUUGGGGGAAAUUGUGUUUGGUGAUUUUACAGAAGAGCUAUGGAUUCAAGAUGCUCAAAUAACACAGAGCUUCCUAUGAAUGGUGCAAUGCUGUGAGAGAUCUGGUGGAGUCUUCCUACUUUCUGACAUCUUUGUCUUUUCCACCAGUAGUGAGAGGCACGAACUCUGACGACUUGUGUGGAGCAAAAAACAUAUUUCCACUGCAGUCCUGUGAACUACCAUGAUUUUGAUAUGGCUGGAAAAAAAAGCGCCUCAUCCUAGCGCAAAAACCUUUUAGCGAAAAAUGUGUGUUUUUUUUUUUUUUAUUAUUCCCAUGUUUCCUUUAAGUGGAUUUAUUUUCAUAACUUCAAUUUGCGCCAUUUUAUGGUCAAUGCAAACCCAGAAAGUGUGUUUGAAAAACUUAAGCGUGAAACUCUGAAAUCCAAAGACUUCAUUUGAUAACAGAACAUAUGAGAGGGAAGAGACUGUUCAGUGGAAGAAAUCUCAUUUUCAUUUAAUAUUGUAUUUGAUGAAGCUCACUUGCAUUCCCCAGAUGAUCAUCGGCAGCCAUUUAAAUACCUGCAAGAUGAAGGUUUCAGAUCAUGUUUAAUAAUUUUUCAUUUUGAUCUCAAAAGUUUAGCAAUAUAUAUUAUGUGUCACUUAUAUAAUGAACAAUUCAAACUGUGUGUCCCUAUGGGGUAACUGAUUCCCAAACAUUAGCUCCACCCAAAUAUGAGAUAUUGGGAAUUCAAUGUUACAAUAACACAUGUACCGUGUAAAUAGACUGAACAGAUCUAGAUGUGAAUAA